AUGGUCUACGCGACGUACCUACAUAAAAUCAUUUUGUGGAAAAUUUGAAGUUUGUUGAUAUAUUGGUGACAAACCAUUCAUAUUAUUUAUGAAAGCUUCGUGCUAAUUACCAUUCCAGGCGCGAGGCUGUGAUCAUCUGUCGGUGGUCAGCCUGGAUGCGUUCAGUCACUAUUGUUGUACAGUUCGAGCGGUGUACGGUAGCCAUCUUGGAAUCGAACAAAGCUUCAGAUGUGUAGUUUGUCUGUUUAUCAAUAAUUUUUGUGCAUUUUGUUGUAAAUAGUUUGUAUGUUUAGGAUAUGUACGAAACGUUCGUCCACAUGUGUAAAUAGCUAUGGCUGCGACAAGAAAAUUACAAGGUGAAAUAGACAGGUGUUUAAAAAAGGUAACGGAAGGGGUGGAGACGUUUGAGGACAUUUGGCAGAAGGUUCACAAUGCCACUAACAGUAACCAGAAGGAGAAGUAUGAGGCAGAUCUCAAGAAGGAAAUUAAGAAACUCCAGAGGUUACGAGAUCAAAUCAAGUCUUGGAUCGCCUCCGGAGAGAUUAAGGAUAAGAGUACACUUUUAGAAUAUAGGAAACUAAUAGAAACGCAAAUGGAAAGGUUCAAAGUAGUGGAACGGGAGACGAAGACGAAGGCGUACUCGAAGGAGGGCCUCGGAGCCGCUCAGAAGCUGGACCCCGCGCAGAAGGAACGAGACGAGAUGUCCGCGUGGCUCAUUCAGUCCAUCGACGCGCUCAAUUUACAGGUUGAUCAGUUCGAGUCAGAGAUCGAGUCGCUGCUGGUCGGCAAAAAGAAGCGGCUGGACAAAGAGAAGCAGGAUCGCAUGGAGGAGCUCAAACAGAAGCUAGAGAAGCACCGCUUCCACAUCAAGAAGCUCGAAACCCUGCUGCGCAUGCUAGACAACAUGUCCGUUGAAGUUGAACAGAUAAAAAGAAUCAAAGACGACGUAGAAUACUACAUAGACUCAUACUUAGAACCCGGCUUCGAAGAGAACGAGUACAUAUAUGACGACAUCAACGGUUUGGACGAAAUAGAACUCAGCGGCGUCGGGCUACCAUCCUCCGCGACUACAGACUCUAAUAGCAACGAGUCAAACGGCUCGCCCACUAGCAUUAUAUCAGGAACAAGUCCCAUUCCGUCUCCCACGUUCGAAGUCCACAACCACUCCACAGAUUCCAUAGACAUUGAGAAGAAAAAGAAAGAAGAGGUCAUAGCGAAACCGGUAAAGCCCCUGCCGCUGCGGGCGGCGAGCAGCGCGGUCAGUAAUAGCACGUCUCUCGUUAGUUCCUUGCUCAAUAACUCCGCCGCCUCCACCAAUAGCAUAAACAACACGGGCGUGUCGGGCGCCUCCACGCCCAACAAGCAGCCGCCGCCGCCCAGCCCGCCGCAUUCGCAUCCGCACCCUGCGCAUCCGCAUCCGCAUCCGCACCCCGCGCAUCCGCACCGGCAGCCUAACAACACUGCCUUGGCGCUGGCGGAGUACUUGCCCGCGGAGGCUCCCUCGCCUGCGCCCGCGCAUGCGCCUGCGCCUGCGCAUGCGCCGGCGCCCGCCCCGGCGCCCGCGCCUGCGCCCGCGCCCGCGCCCGAGCCGCGCGUCUACAGCGCCAAAAUAGUGGAGAACGGCCCCCUCCCCGCCGCGCCGCACCCCGCGCACCCCGCGCAGCCCGCGCCCGCGCCGCCGCCGCCGACGUCAAAGAGUUCCAUCGCACCAGCGCCCAGUGUUCCCACGGAACCCGCCGUGUCCCCUCUCACAGUCAACGGCCCCCUCCACCACCAUCCACACACGCCGCAACACACAGUCAAUAAUGGGCGAGGAGAGGCGACCACGCCGCUACUGGCGGGCGCGGGCGGCACCGCGUCGCUCAAGAGCAUGGCGCAGGAGGCCGUCCAGCGUGCGGGGCUAACCACACAAGGACAAACCGUGCGGCGAGGCGCGGCGCUGGCGCAGGCGCACAUCCCGCCGCUACUCGGGGUCGCGCCACUCGGCCCGCUACCUCUCAACUCGGACCACCAGCUACAGUUCCAGAUGAUGGAGUCGUCGUUCUACCACAUGCCGCACCCCAGCGACUCGGAAAGAGCACGACAUUACCUGCCCCGCAACAUCUGCCAGACUCCACAGUACUACAACCAGGUGGUAGUCCCCCAUUCAGACAGCGUGGAAUUCUUCCAGCGAUUAUCGACAGAGACUUUAUUCUUCGUGUUCUACUACAUGGAGGGCAGCAAGGCGCAGUACCUGGCCGCCAAGGCGCUCAAGAAGCAGAGCUGGCGCUUCCACACCAAGUACAUGAUGUGGUUCCAGCGGCACGAGGAGCCCAAGCUCAUCAACGAGGAGUACGAGCAGGGUACGUACAUCUACUUCGACUACGAGAAGUGGGGCCAGCGCAAGAAGGAGGGCUUCACGUUCGAAUACAAGUACUUAGAGGACCGAGACCUGAACUGAGCCCUCGAGGUGUGCGACAGAGACAGAGACAGUAGCGCAACAACCCGUGUCUAGUGCAGUGGUGCAGGAGUCUAACUCCACAGAACGAUCGGUUCGGUUCGGUUCGUUUCGGUUCGUUCCAAGUUUCAAUUUGCAACUUUUUAUGGACACUAAAAAGUAUGAGUAACAUUUGAAAUAGUCACAAUCACUGACGAUGCUAGCGUCGCCGUAUCGCGGAUUCCGUUGCGUCAGUAUUUUUUAUAUUUCUCAGUAGAGUAAGUUAAGUAUUUCUGUGAUGAAUUUUCCAAUAAUGAAAAAAAGAUGGUAAUGUCUGAUUUUUUUUAUUAAGUAAACGUUGAAUCGAUCUGUUGUAAAAUAACUUUGCACGCUGGCAGUUUGUAUUAUUGUUGUACGCGGUUUAUGUAUCGAAUUUGCAUGUGAACGAAGUAAGCGAAAUAUAUCAUGUGAUGCCACUAGCUUCCGCCGUUGGUCGGUUAUUAUAGAAAACAAUGUGAUAUUGAUAUAGGGACCCCGGGCUUACAGAGCUGCGUCUGCGACAUGGUUCCUAGACUAGACUUGCGACUAAACAUGUUAUUGUAGUCUUCCGUUCCGAGCUCCAGCCUUAGCCGUGACUAACCAAAUGACGUAUUCGGUUCUCACAGCUAAUAAAAAAGGUUAUAAAGGUGGAUAAAAUAGUUUUAUGGCCUUUUUGGCCGAGCUCAAACAUUUAGACAUCACAGUUAGAAAAACGCUAGGUGAAUUAUGUUGUCUAGGCUACCUUUAGAUUUAGUACCUAACUCGACCCGCUCAGCGGGAGUAUGUAUAGUUAUAGAACAUCCGUUAGUAUAAAGAGGCCCAUGUCGCACCCGCAGCGCCGCGGCUUCACCGAGCAACUAAAUAAUAUGCUAGUCCUAGUAUUCAACAACAGUGUGCCUAUUUAGGUAAGUCAGUUAUAACCUGCCGCGGAGCCCGGGGUGUUUGUUUUAUUAACUUGUGUAUAGUCGCCUAGGGCAGGGGUCGGCAAACUUUUUAGAAAAAGAGCCAAGUCCAGCAAAAAUCAGCAAUAAUAAAACUACAAGGAGCCGCAAGUGUCGCUUUCGAUGGUCUAAGAACUCUCAAGUGUUCAUUUUUUGUGUCGCUUUAAGAGCCGCAAUUGUACCUUCGAAGAGCCGCGGUUUGACGACCCCUGGCCUAGGGGAGUCGGGGCUCGGCCUCGUGUCGGCCUCGCGCCGCUCGAGCGGUGAAGCUGGCUCGCGGCCGCGCGGCGUCUCCUCCCUCCUGUCAGGCGGUGCCAUCCACUAAACAUAUCGUGUAGGUUCUUUUACACUACUAGGCGAAAUUUUAUACUAUUGGCGUAAAAACGUAUGAAAUUUAACAUUCCAACGACUUUGUAAAAGCACCCAGUCGACUGGCACGUUCAGAAACGAAUUAACUUUUCGCCGUGAGUACGUUUUUUGUACUGGUCGGGAGAAGUUUCUGAACGUUCCCUAGGUGACGGUGCGCGACGUCGGUACUCGCGGAUGGCGCCGCGCUGACGGCCCCGACGCGAGCAAUGAAGGCCGCGCGGCCGCCUAGCUGUAAGACAUCCAGUGUGAUUCAUUACAUAGAAAUAAUACACUUUUUCACCGCCCAUUGUGAAAUUUGAAAAAAGAAACCUAUGUGAUUUGUACAUUUAAUUUUAAUUAGUGCAUUUAAAUUGAACAAAAGUAUAUAAAUUGUGUGUAAGAGCAUUGUAUGUAAAUCACUGCCACGAUUGUAUUAUAUUCGGAUAAUUAGAAUUAUCGUCGGUUUAAUUUGUACUUAUUUAUUUGUGAUAAAUUAUUUGUAUGCGUCAGAUACUCGGCAGGGGUGGGGGUGGGGGGUGAGACAGUGUAUUAUUGUCGACUGCCGGCCGCGGGCCUCGUUGUCGACCGUACACGUGACCGCUGUACGUACGGGGGUACUCCCAGAAUUGUUGCACAUGCCUUGCGCGAACAUUGAAGCCUUCCGUCUCGUUCCGUGUGAGUUGUGUGAGGAUGGUUGUUGCGCGGAGCCGCGCCGGACCGGACCGGACCGGACCCGGACGGACUGGACCGGACCGGACCCGGACGGACCGGACCGGACGGCGGCGAGCGGACACAGCACGCGAUCUCGUUUAUUCCGUGCGUGAUGUUGAUAGUUUUCACUUUUGUAAAAAGUCUAUCGUGAGAGCAGUUGAAAAUGUGGUAAAUAAUAAUUUAAAAAAUUAUCUGUACAGUUCUAUUUGUAUAGAAAUAAUAAAUAACGAUUAAAAAAAUUUAAAACAAUGUUGUGAUUUCUUCUUAACGGUUAAGUGCGCGGGCGUCGUUUACAGGCGCGGCGCUUUUUGGCAUUUCUUUUCUUAUUUAUUUUUUUAUUGAAAGAGAUGACUGUUUAUUUUGUAGAAUAAACUGUAAAAAACCAUUUUAA